AAUUCUUCAUUUUUUGGGUUAUCCCUUGACCUUGAGCUUACAAACUGAGAAAUAGGAAGCCAAGCUCAGUGCAGCUAAACUCAGCGUUGAAAAAGACCAAAACACCACUGGAUUAUCUUAUAUUCGUUUUUAAUCCAAGAAACAAAUAAACUAGUUUCCUCGCUGCUUCGCUUUGCUUCUCCACUCUGUAACUAGCAACAAAGAGACCUCUCUUCUCUCCGAUGGCGAUGACCAUAGAAGGCUCGCAGGACUUGCUUUUAUGUUUUCAGCGAGCAUCUUGCUACAGGUCCUGGCUUGUGCAUUAUACAACAAUUGGUGGCCUAUGUUAUCUGCUCUCAUGUAUGUCCUGGUACCUAUGCCCUGUUUAUUCUUUGGUGGUGGUUCAACUCAGGUUUUAUUUACGAGGGAGAGUGAUGGGUGGAUAAAUGCUGCUAAGUUUCUGACUGGGGCAUCAACUGUGGGGAGCCUAGCCAUUCCUAUAAUUCUUAGACAUGCUCAUAUGAUUGAGACAUCUGCUAUGUGGAUCGAAUUCGUAUCAUUCUUCAUAUUUGUGUGCACCGUCAUGUGUUUCCACCGUGCCAGCCUCGAAGACGAGUGGUGAUGACUUAAAAACAUCCAAGUUUUUACACUGGCCGGCAAUAAUUGCGGCCAAAAGUGAAGUAGUUUAACAACUGCAAGAAGUGUGAUAUGCAUGAAACGGGAAAGCAAUAGAACAAACCCUUUUGUAAAUCUGUUUAUGUAUAUGUUCAAGGGCAUUAUGACCAAUUUCUUCGUUCACUAGGUUUGGGAACAGCACUAGAUUCUUGUUAAUUUACUGUGGGAUUCAUUGUGUAAUAUAGUAUGGCUUUGGGAGUAACUAUUCAUAUAUAUAACAUAAGUUACCGAGCA